AUGGGCCCCGCGUCGCGGCUGGCGGCGCUGCUGGUGGUGCUGGCGCUCGGAGCAGAGGCCCCGUCGGGGGCCGCGGUGCGGGGGGACACGUUCUCGGCGAUGACCAGCGUGUCGCGCGCCCUGGCGCCCGAGCGCCGGCUGCUGGGACUGCUGCGACGCUACCUGCGCGGGGAGGAGGCGCGGCUGCGGGACCUGACCAGAUUCUAUGACAAGGUACUUUCUUUACAUGAGGAUUCAGCAACCCCUGUGGCUAACCCUCUGCUUGCAUUUACUCUUAUCAAACGCCUGCAGUCUGACUGGAGGAAUGUGGUGCAUAGUCUGGAGGCCAGUGAGAACAUCCAAGCUCUGAAAGAUGGUUAUGAGAAGGUGGAGCAAGACCUUCCGGCCUUUGAGGACCUUGAGGGAGCUGCAAGGGCCCUGAUGCGGCUGCAGGACGUGUACAUGCUCAAUGUGAAGGGCCUGGCCCGAGGGGUCUUUCAGAGAGUCACUGGCUCUGCCGUGACUGAUCUGUACAGUCCCAGAAGGCUCUUCUCCCUCACAGGAGACGACUGCUUCCAAGUUGGCAAGGUGGCCUAUGACAUGGGGGAUUACUACCAUGCCAUUCCAUGGCUGGAGGAGGCUGUCAGUCUCUUCCGAGGAUCAUAUGGAGAGUGGAAGACAGAGGAUGAGGCAAGUCUAGAAGAUGCCUUGGAUCACUUGGCCUUUGCCUAUUUCCAGGCAGGAAAUGUUUCGUGUGCUCUUAGCCUCUCCCGAGAGUUUCUUCUCUACAGCCCAGACAAUAAGAGGAUGGCCAGGAAUGUCUUGAAAUAUGAAAGGCUCUUGGCAGAGAGCCCCAACCAGGCGGUAGCUAAGGCUGUCAUCCAGAGGCCCAAUGUACCCCACCUGCAGACCCGAGACACCUACGAAGGGUUAUGUCAGACCCUGGGUUCCCAGCCCACUCACUACCAGAUCCCUAGCCUUUACUGCUCUUAUGAGGCCAAUUCCAGCCCCUUCCUGCUGCUUCAGCCCAUCCGGAAGGAGAUCAUCCACCUGGAGCCCUAUGUUGCUCUCUACCAUGACUUUGUCACUGACUCAGAGGCUCAGAAACUUAGAGAGCUUGCGGAACCAUGGCUACAGAGAUCAGUGGUGGCCUCAGGGGAAAAGCAGUUAGAAGUGGAGUACCGCAUCAGCAAAAGUGCCUGGCUGAAGGACACCGUUGACCCAAUGCUGGUGACCCUUGACCACCGCAUUGCUGCCCUCACAGGCCUUGAUGUCCACCCUCCCUAUGCGGAGUAUCUCCAGGUGGUGAACUAUGGGAUCGGAGGGCACUAUGAGCCUCACUUUGAUCAUGCUACGUCACCAAGCAGCCCCCUAUACAGAAUGAAGUCUGGGAACCGAGUUGCAACUUUUAUGAUCUAUCUGAGCUCAGUGGAAGCUGGAGGAGCCACAGCCUUCAUCUACGCCAACUUCAGCGUGCCUGUGGUUAAGCACUGUUCUGGUGGAACCUGCAUAGGAGUGGUGAAGGGGAUGGUGACACACUGCAUGCUGGCUGUCCUGUCCUGGUGGGAGAUAAGUGGGUGGCCAACAAGUGGAUACAUGAGUAUGGACAGGAAUUCCGCAGACCCUGCAGCUCCAGCCCUGAAGACUGAAAUGUUGGCGGAGAGACACUGGUGGAGUCCUGUGGAUUUCUGGAGAAGCCAGGAGCCAAGAGCUAGGGCCCUUUUCUGGUGCUGUAGACACUGGGAUGACUGAGUCUCUGCCCUUGAGGAACACCCAAGAGAAGAAAACCCACAACAAUACCA